AUGCAAGUUCCUCUUGAUUUACAGAGUUAUCCAAUAAAUCUUCAAAAUUCCAUCAUCAUAGAAGAUGCUCUAUUCAAUGUUUCGGAAGAAAAUUAUGAAGAUUGCAUUAAAAAGCUUAACAAUUUUAUCGAAAGAAGGAAAUACUACGUAAUGCGUUGUUUAGGAGUUGCUGCAAUGGUCAACCGUUUCAAGUGGGAAUUAUACUUGAGGAUUUUCAAUGAUCUAAGUCUUGGAAGACUUAUUCUCUCGUACAACGGCAUCAACCACUAUUUGACUGCCGCACAUGCUCUUAAGGGAUCCCAUUUGAUAACGCAUAUUAGUCAAGAAGCCUAUGAAAACGUCUUUCCAAAGAAUUCUUUCCCUUACGCUGUUGCACACAAUGAUUUAGCUUCUGCGAAAUCGAUGCUUUCACAAGGUACGGUAAAUUUGAAGCAAACAGUAUCCUUAUUCGAUUUGGAGUUCGAUUCGGAUAACUAUGAACAGAUUUCGUACCUUGAUGUCGCUGGUUAUUGUGGACACUACGAAAUGUUUGAGUUUUUACUUUCGCAAGGCAUCAGCAUUACAGGCAAGACAUGCAGAAACGUAGUCCGUGGCGGUAACAUCAAAAUAAUAGCACUUUUAAUUAAAAAUAAAUACGAUUUGUCUACAAACUUCAGCGAAGCCGUCAAGUACCACAAAUUCGAAGCUGCUGAAUACCUAUUGUCCAAUGUUGAUGCUGAUAUGCCAGAUAGUCUUGUUAGUUUUGCUUUUUGCAACACAAGAUUCGCUUAUUACUUACACCAGAAGAAAAUUACAACCCCUGAAGAGUUCUGCAUCUCCGCGGCUGGAUCGGAGAACCUUGACGCUCUUGUUUACAUACUUAACGAAGUUUCGAAAGAUUGCGAAUACAAAGGCAGAACCCCUCUUGUCGAAGCCUUAAGAAAGCGAUCAUUUGCUUGCAUCAAACAUCUCGCAAAAGUCGGUGCAAACUUCAACAUUUUCGAUGACGUUGGCCAUACCGCGUGGCACUACUUGGCUACAUCGCCUAGCACUGAUGUUUUGAGGACUGUUGCGCGUACAAAUAAGAUUGAUCCAGAUUUACGUACUAAAAAUGGCGAAACUGCAUUGCAUCUCGCUGCAUCUCAAGGAUGCAUUACAGCAAUCGACAUUUUGGUCGAGAUGGGUGCUGAUGUCAACGCUGUUGAUGCAAAUGGAAGAACUCCUUUGAUUCGUGCUUGCAUUUUCGGAAGACCAGAGCCAGUUAAAGCACUUAUUGACCGUGAUGCUGAUAAAUCCAUUAAAGAUAAUGAAGGAAAGACAGCAAGUGAUUACGCAACAGAAAGAGAUGUCAGAAGUGCUUUGGCUGGAUUGUGGACUCCAAAGAAGGCUGAAAAAUCAAGAAGAUUUACAAAGUAG